UUCAUCGUGUCCAACUAACAGCUGGCUAUUCAGAAUCCCCAAAAUGAUGUCUAUCCUAGCUAUUGCUCUGCUGUGCGCAUGCGCCCUUGUAUGUUCCGGUGCUGUGUAUAACCAAUACCCAUCCUACGGACAGUACCCGGAUGUACACUACAGGGAUCAGUACGUCCCUAACAACCACCCUGGCAACUACUACCCAGACAAGUACCCAACUGAUGUGUGGGGAGGACGCUCUCAGGGACAUUACAGAAGAUACCGACGAUCUGUGCCUUCCCAUGUCAAUGGAUACCCGAGUUACAGGCAGACCUACCCGUCAAAUGGCUUCCCUACCUACCCCUCAACACACGGCCAGACCUACCCUGACCAUGUGAACACCUACCCUGGACAUCAGGACACUUACCAUCAAGGUCAGCAAUGGAACCAAUGGGGAUCACAGACUGGAACUCAGAAAUAUGGCUCUUACCGGGGAUGAAGAGAUGACCGAUGUUGCAGUCAUCAUGUCCAGAGCUGAAAUCCUCACUAUGUACAAUGUAAAUAAACUUUAGCACG